UGAACAAGGCCAUUCCAGGCCGGUAAGUCGGAUCGGACGAUUGGUGCUCCGUUAACUGUCACCACCUAAACAGAAACAGGGUAGGAGUGGAACGGUACGGGAGAUAAAAAAAGAACAGAAAACUCAACUUUUUGUACCUUCUGAAAGGCAGAGAAGGAAGCAAUGGUAACAUCUUAUGCACUCUUUAUCAUGAGCUGUAUCAAGUUUCCCGAGAAGGAAACGAAGUCAUCAUCAUGAUACCACUUAUGUUUGCAAACUUAAGGCAACUUUCUAUAUGCGUUCUCGCGAGAGGAUCGUGUAGAUGUUGGUCCGCAGGUACUGAAGUGGCAAGGAAGCCCCAGACGUCGGUGACGGGUACAAGCUGGUCAGAAAAAUGCUACAGUUUGUCGGCUUCUUGCGUCAUAACACGGCGACUGCCAACUCUACCGGAUAAUCAAUUCACCGUGGUAGUUUUCCCCCAAAGCAUGAUGGGUAGGUGAUCAGGAGCGGUGACCGGCCUUCAGUACAUGUUGAAGUCCUACAUGUAUUGUGCGAUAGUCGUGUACAUGUACAUGUCUGCAGCAAGUUGCGGAGGAAGACACCCAGCACGGCAGCUCGAAUACGUUACUCGUAUUUCUGUGUGAACACUCAAGCGGUUCCCACUUCACAUCACAGGACGCAGUUGAAAAACGAGCGCCCUUCGGCCGACCCGGAGUAGAAGACGAUUGGAAGGUGAUGUAGGCGGUCAUGGUGAAAACUGCGCUGGAUGUGAACACUAAUUAACGCCACGCACGACGAGUCAUCUCUAUCUCAAGACUGGGUGUCAAUCCAGUGUUUGUUCAACGCUGUUCUGAAGAUCUGUGUGUUUUUUUUUGUUGGACGAAAGCGUUAGGAUGUAGGCCUAAACGACUUGAAGGGAGGACAACUUGCCAUUGUCGGGGGGUCAGUCUGACCAUUUUGACCAGAAGCCUACUCGGACCACCCUUCAUACAACGGCAGUAGAGCAGAAAACCAAGUCAGACAAAGAUCUCUCGAAAAUCUCCUGUCUCGACACUUAACUUGCCGAGUCUUUUGGUGCCCGUGGCAACAUGCGAGGACCACAUGCGUGAACGGCAGGCAAGGGCAACUCCUUAACAGUGGUGGCAUUUCACCACCCACCCUGCGAAGAAAAACAAAACAAAACAAAGCCACACUGUCUUCGGGGUGCUGCGGUUUUCGGCCUGACAGACUGGUGUGGCUCUCAGGAAUCUUUACUGCCAUCCCGGCAGUACCGAGGAGAAACUGAGAAAUACUCGUUGAAAACGGCCGACUCACUCGGCCGAGGCAGGCGCUAUUCUUGGAAACGCUUUAGACAGACAUCUUGCAGUCCAACAUCGGUGACGUGACGGAGACUCUAACUAAGGACAAGCAACCUCGAAAAUAAAACUCAUUGAAAUGGAGUACAACCGGACGUGGGUCGGUCACCUUGCUGUGAUAUUAUUCCUGGCCAUUGCUGUUCUGGACGCUGUCGUUGCAAAUGAGGGAUACCUCGUUGUGCAUCCGGAAUAUUUCCGGCCGGGAACCGAGGAGCACAUCAGUGUCACCAUCUUUGAGCCGAGCCAGCCCAUCACCGUCCAGGCUAGGUUAGUCUUCAAGAACGAAACGAUUGCAUCUACGGAACUCACCAUCGUGGGUAAAGGAAAGCUGAAGCUGCAGGUACCAAGUGGUGUUAGAGGAAGGAUAACGCUUGAGGUUUGCGGUAACUGUGAAAUUGGUGCCACUGGCUACCACUUCAAGAACUCCACAGAUGUGGACGUUUCAGACAAGGGCACUUCGGUGUUUAUUCAAACCGAUAAGCCGGUCUAUAAGCCAUCGCAAAGAGUUUUUAUCAACUUUAUUAUGACGGGGCCGGAUCUUAGACCUAAGAAUGAAAAGAUGCUGGCAUAUAUUGUGGACCCCCAAGGAUCGAGAAUGAUACAGUGGAGAAAACUUCAACCACUGUGCUGUGGUAUAAUCAACACCAGCUUUCCAUUGUCAGAUCAGCCAAUGCUUGGCGAGUGGUCCGUCUAUGCUGAAGUGCAAGGCCACACAUACAAUAAAACAUUUGAGGUUCAAAAAUAUGUUUUACCCAGAUUUGAAGUAAUUAUUGAACCACCCAGCUACAUAGCAGACAUCACAAAGUGUACGGAAGCUAUAGUUAGAGCGAGGUAUCUGUUUGGUAAGCCAGUGCAAGGCAAGAUGUCUAUCAACAUGAAUCUCCAUGGACUUGGUUAUUACAAUGACUACAUCGGGGAGAACAACUACAUGUUUAUGGAUAUUGAUGGCUCGGCCAAGUUCAACAUUUGCAUUAGUGACCUCAUCACCUCCCCCCUUAAGAACCACUUCCGGGGCAUUGUUCACAUCGAGGCCAGUGUGACAAGCAACGACGGCAACGUGUUUGUGGCCACGGAUGACUCCUGUCUUGUGCAGAAGCAGUUGGUGUCCCUGGAGUUCUCCAAAGACUCCAGGAAGCAUUACAAGCCAGGACUUCCCUACUACGGCAGGGUUUUGCUGUACUAUCCCGAUAAAAGCCCUGCCAAUAAUGUUACCGUGGAGAUAGUGGCAGAGGUGAAGCAAGACCCAGUCUUCUCCAAGAACUUUGUCUCAAGCAAUGGUGUUGUGGACAUUUCUAUCCCAUCUCUGCCACCAGUUUCUGGGCAUGUUUGGAUCAAUGCCAAGGUGAUAGCCAUUGAUGGCAAAGAUGCUGGAGAUACAUACUUCUCCCACUAUCUGUCUCUUGGGAGCUGGUACUCGCCCAGUGAGUGUCACCUGCUUCUCCGCAGCCUUCAAGAGAACAUCAAGGUCGGCGAUACAGCAGUCAUAGGGGUCCAGUCUACUUGCCCCUGCAAUUUUACAAUGCAUUACGAGGUGAUGUCAAGGGGGAACAUUGUGACAUCUGGACUGCACGAUGCCAUGCUACGCAGCAGUAGUGGACGCAAUGAUGGCAGUCGUCGAAGACGCUUCAGCAGCCACCCUCUUGUUGAUCAGUUCAUGGCAGAAACAGCAGGUGGUGAAUCAGAUUCCGGGAGCUGUCGCACCACCUUCCAGUUUGAGGUGACCCAUGCCAUGGCUCCUUUAAGCCACCUGCUGGCCUACUACAUGAGGGGGAAUGAUGAGGGUGUGGCUGACACCAUUGUGAUCUCAGUGGAACCCAGCUUUGAAAAUGAGGUCAAGGUUCAGAUGGCCAAGAAUGAGACCCUACCAGGCUCAAAGAUGAGGAUGAUGAUCAGUGCCAAGCCAGGCUCCUGCAUAUGUGUGGCCUCUGUCGACCAGAGUGUCCAGUUGCUACGCCCUGGUUACCAGGUCACGACAGAGAAGAUCUUUGUCGAGAUGGAAAACUAUGACAUCACCGAGGAUAUAUCAGCGGAGACAACGUGGUGGGGGGGAGCUUUCCGGCGGCGUAAACGGUCAACGAUGUGGAUGCGCUCCAGGGAUGCUAACUUUGCAUUCAGGGAGGCUGGGUUGAAAGUGAUGACCGACAAAAUUCACCUCAACUUUCAUAACAGUGACUCGACAGUUUCGGAUGACGACUGGGUGGUAGUGAGUGCCCAGGACCAGGUAUCGAGCCUUGAGCGGAACACUAGACGCAAGCGUGCUUUCUUCCCAGAGACCUGGAUGUGGCAGUGCUUCAAUUUGAGUUCCUCUAGUUCUGAGGAACACAUCCAAAUGCGUGUGCCAGACACCAUCACCACCUGGAUGACCGACGUGAUUGCGAUGUCGCCAACCCAUGGUCUCGGUGUAGCCGAGACCGUCCAGCUGACCACCUUCAAGAACUUCUUUGUAGAGUUCACGCUGCCGUACUCGGUGAUUAGAGGAGAACAGCUCAGGCUACCGGUCACCGUCUACAACUACUUCGACCGUUGUGUCCAGGUUGAUCUGAUUGUUCACGUCCAAGAUGGGGUAAGAUUCAUGCUGCACUCUGAGCGUCAUCAGGCACACAAGCUAUGCCUACAGGCUCAAGAUACAGAAACGACCUACGUGACACUCAUCUUCAGUGAACUCGGAAGAAAGAAGAUCCACGCCAGUGCUGAGGCCAUGGUAUCCCCAGAUUGCUGUGUUGGGCCAGUCGCCAACGAAGGCAUUGCUGGCUCAGAUAAGAUCACAAAGAACCUGCUGGUUGAGCCCGAGGGAAUAGAAAGAGGAUAUGCUUACAGUGUCUUCUUCUGUCCCAAUGAACGCACCCACAUCUCCACCCCUAACCGCUACAGCUACCAAUUCGUGGAGAAGGAAGAGGGAAUGGAUUUCUUCACCUUCAUGUGCAAGGCCAAGAAUGACGCGCACAUUGCCCUGGCAGCAACCCAGGACUCAUACCAGCUGUACGAGAUUGUCUUGGGUGGAUGGGACAACACAAGGUCGUGGAUUGCCCGCUCAAAGAGAGGUGAUGCACUUGAGACUGAUCUCACCUCUGAUAUCGUCAGCUGGGAUGAGUUCAGGGCUUUCUGGAUCAGUUGGCAAGGUGGUAACAUUCAGGUCGGACACGGGGAAGUUCCCAGUAAUGAGUCGGUCAUCAUGAGCUGGCAGGAUGAUAACCCGAUGCCAGUCCAGUACAUCGGCUUCACGACAGGGUCCGGAUCCCUGGGUGAAUUCAGAAUCUGGAAGAAGAAGGGUAGCAGCGAGAUCUACCGAGAGGCGUUUACCUUGUCCCUCCCCUUGAACCAUGUGCCAGGGUCAGAGAGGGCUGCCGCUGUUGUGAUUGGUGACGUGAUGGGACCAACCUUGAACAACCUGCACAAUCUCAUCCGACUGCCGUUUGGCUGCGGAGAGCAGAACAUGAUCCACUUUGCUCCCAUCGUGUACGUAAUGCACUACCUUCAGCACACCAAUCAGAUGGACAAGGAGACUGAGAUCGAAGCCAACACCUUCCUCGUCCAAGGCUAUCAGCGUCAGUUGACCUACAGACGUCACUCAGGUUCCUAUAGUGCCUUUGGGGAAAGUGACACCUCGGGCAGCAUGUGGCUGACCGCCUUUGUCCUCAAAUCCUUCUCUCAGUCACGCCGCUUCAUCUUCAUCGACCCUAAGGAGCUGGAGAUGAGCAAGAAGUGGAUCAUCGCGCACCAGCAGGAGGACGGUUCCUUCCCGCCAGUCGGGAAGGUCCUUAACAAAGACAUCCAGGGUGGAAUUCAAGGCAACUCCCGGCUGCCCCUCACAGCCUACGUGCUGGUCGCUCUUAUGGAGGCAGGUGUAGAAUCGGAUGCAGAGAAGGAGGCCGUCAGCACAGCUCAGAAGUUCCUGGAAGACAACGUCGGGUCUAUUGUGGAUCCAUACACUGCGGCGUUGAUGGCAUAUGCACUGACACUGCGCAACAGCCCCUUCGCUGCCAUUGCCGUCCGAGUGCUGUCGUCCAAGGCCAUCAGAAGAGAUAGCCUGACCUACUGGCGUCUGAGCGGAGAGGCACUGGAAACUCUCCCUUUCUUCUCUCAUGUUGGGGACCUGGAACAGACGGUGACCUCAGCAGAGGUAGAGAUGACAGCGUACGCCCUGCUGACAUACACCGCCCGUGGGGACAUUGCAUAUUCGCUGCCGAUUGUCAAGUGGCUAACGCAACAGAGGAACGCACACGGCGGCUUCUCUUCAACACAGGAUACGUGUGUAGCCUUGCAAGCCCUGGCAGAGUAUGCUACCUUGGCCUACGUAGGCCGAGUCAAUCUCAACAUCUCACUGGCAUACACAGACUUAGAUCUCUUUGUUGAGGACUAUUACCAUCUGAAUAAUGAAAACAGUCAAGUCUUACAAGUCAAGGAGAUUCCAGUGUUGUCUAAGACGCUGUUCCUCAGUGCAUACGGGGAAGGCUGUGGAUUACUCCAGAUCAAUAUGAAGUACAACAUCCCAGACCCUACCGGGAAACCGGCUUUCAAGCUCACUGUGAACAUGAUUGAGUCGGUCCCGUACCAGACCCGACGCAGACGAUAUGUCGACAGCACCACUACCGAGAACCUGACACCACCCCACGACAACUACAUGGUCACCAUGGAGGUAUGCACCAGGUGGCUGUAUGCCGGUUCUUCCAACAUGGCAGUCAUUGAGGUUUCACUGAUUACUGGUUUCACGGCCGACAUCGAGAGUUUGGAUCUGCUUCUACGUGACAAGUACACCAAAGUCAAGCGCUAUGAGAUUGACGGUCGCAAGGUUAUCCUGUACUUUGAUGAGAUUCCAAGCCAGUGCAUGACCUGCAUCUCGUUUGAUGCCUAUCAAGACUUUGUAGUUGGGAAGACGCAUGCUGUACCGGUCAAGGUUUACGAUUAUUACGAGCCACAUUUUGAGGCCUCCAAGUUUUACAAUGUCAGUCGCGACAGCCCUCUGGCCCGGGAGCUGUGUGAGGACGAUCACUGCAACCAGGUCCACGAGACUGAGGACAGCAGCCACAGUGCAGAGCAACCGGCCAUGGAGAACUACAACCCAGAAAACUGCAACUCCAUCUCCGGUGACUGCCAGUCGACCUUUGACCUCAUCCAGUGCAUGUGCGAGCGCACCUGUGACACGGGAGGGCCCAAAGUGUGUGCCAGCAACAAUGUGACCUACGACACGUACUGUCACAUGGAGGUUGCUGCGUGUCAACUCAACGAAAACCUCGAGGCAAUGCCCCUCUCCAACUGCCCAGAAAAGCCAGAUGAAGCCCCAACUCCAGAAGGCUCAGCUGCCAUCUGGGGUGACCAUGACACGGAGGAACCUGAUGAGCAAAUGUCACAGAGCAGUGACUCAUCUUCCUACAGCGAGCACAGCAUGGGCAUGGAGGAAAUGGGCGACCACCCUGGUUUCAAAGAAUGGGAUGGGAUGCAGUCACCCUGGAGGUUUGAGAUCGAGAGCGAGGGUGCAAAGGAGAAGGGAAGGAUAGACGAUGAGAUCCCAGACGUGAUGCGGGUACAAAAGGGGGAAAAGGAGGAGGCUGUAGAUUGGGGUGAGGAAGGUGCUGGUGAGGAAACAUUGGAUGAGCCUCUCCCAGAACCUCUUCCUGCUUCGUCUCUAUCUCAGGGCCCCCGCCCACUGGCAGUCAGGGAUGGGGAUGAUGAAGCCCCAGCCAUGGAGGAAAGACCCACCGAGGUGGACAUGGAACAGGAGCACACCAAGGUAGAUGGGGACAUCCCAGACUUGACCAACGAGGAUGGGACUGAGGCAGCAAAUGUCGGGGAUACUCUCGGGGGAGAUGCCCCAACGGGUGAGGGAAAGAAUAUUGGUGAUGCUUUGGAGAUGGGGUUGGACACUGGAGAGGCUCAACAGGAAGACGGUGUCCACGUGGAUCCCUCACUGGGUGAUGCAGGUGAAGAUGGUGAUGGCGUGAUGCUCAGAGAGUGGUUGCACGAAAGUCAAGAAGCCGAGACUGGAGGAGAGAUAACUGAAGAGGAGGAACCAGGUCAUGACUUUGAGAUGGAUGCUGGCAUGACACAAGCAGGUGAGGAGGUCAGGGGUAAGGAGGAGACACCUUCUGCGGCAGGAUCACCCAUAACCCAAGAAGAUGCUCCAGGGCACCAUGUACAUUCUGAAGGUGAUUCUAAGACUCAAGAUGACAACCUGAGUGCCGGCAACCAGCAGGAGACAUCAGAGGAGAGCCCGACCCAACUGGCAGAAGAGGUAGCUCCUGUUCGCUUGGGCAGCCCCGGUGUGAUCGGACUCGACACCAUGAUCAAUGACGAGGCAGGAGUGGCGGUUAAUGAUGAAGGGGAGGAGGGGGUCAACAUACGGCAGGUUGAAACCCACAAAACGACCAAAGAAAGAAGAACAAGGGAGCUCAGAAAGGCCUAAGGUUAUUUACUGCUUACCGUAAAGCCACUUAUUUCAGCACUUCAGUAUUUCUCAAUGCAGGAUCGCAGUGGAUGCUUAUCAUAUUCUCUGAGUAUCGACGAUACGAGUGGUAAUUCACGGACUCUUUUGCCGCACGGUAAAUGUUUCGAAAAAUGAAGAAUCCAUCUUCUUCAGGUCGGCGAUAGGCCACAUGGCUUGGACCACCAUUUGUUCUGUGUGGAUAUUCGUGCCCCAGGAAAUGUGGCCACUUUCAGCUCUAGUAAAUAAGCUGCCUCCGGUAAACAGCACAAAAAAUGAACGAGUAAAGAUUUCUUGGGGGGGGGAGGAAUUGAACUUUCCACAUAAACGGGGAAAAUUUUAAGUGUUUGAAAAGUUGGUUAUUUAUAAACUGCUACGUAUGUAUUGCACAGCAUGCUUGAUAUCGAUUUUAUUUCUGUACAUAUCUAGACUGCAUUUGUAACUGGUUGCUUAGUUCUCCCAUGUUAGAACAAAUUCAGUCUACACUGAUCUUGUACAAAGCAUUACAAACAUAUAUCAAUACAUAAGUGUUUAUGUAGACACUGCCUUGUAUUGUAGUUUUGAAGUAAUUUUAUUUGUGUAAAACUCUUUGAGCUGUGUAAAAACAAACAUUUGUGCCUACUUCCAAGGUUAUUUGUAUAAUUUAUGUUAAACAAAUGACUACCCUUGGAUUUUAAAAAGUCAAAUUUUGUCUCUCUUAAAUGAUUGCAUUUGAACAACUUCGGUGUCCAGAAAGACUUGUCGCAAUGUCUUGAAAUGGAAGGUCAUUACAUAAAUAAAACCAAAAAAUAUUUCUUGAUAUUUUCUAUAUUGCAUAUUCCUGACGUCACUCGCCUUGAAAAUGAUGGCGAUGACAUGCCUUUAAUGCACAUUUCUCCAAGCCACCAGACUAGUUCUGUAGAAGCAAACUUCUGUCUAAGGAACACAAUGAAUAGUUUCAAAUAUCAACUUUUAAUGCUUUUAUUUAUGUCAUCAGAAGACGUUUUAAGUGCUUCUGAAAAUAUAAACAUUGUAAAUUACGGGUGGAAAAAAUCUAGGGAACAGUAGUUGACAUGUCUACUGUGGUUAAAAAAAAUGAUACAAAUUCAUUUCAAAAAGCAUGUGGCCAUUUCAGUUUUUAAGAAAUUCAAUUUUUAAAGCUACAUAUAAUCCACACUUGUAUAAAGUUUUCUUGCACAUCUUCACGGUAGCACUUUAGAUCAUAAUUUUUCCAAGUUAUAUAAAACUGAUCUCUAGGCUUUCUGCGCUACUUCAGCGUUUAUAGAGUGAAGCUUAUAAAACAGUAUUAAUGUAUCAGCUUUUUUGUACAAAACUUGCCAAGGUGUGUCUUGGAAAUACGCGUCUGUAAUUUAACGUAGUCACGUUAUUAAUAACUGUGCUUGUUUGAAUGAAUCAAAAUUUGGUUGUGUCUCAGUUUUUGUGUACCCAAGUAUUAUCAACACACUCUGUGAAUUUUGAUUGGCUUAGGCAUGACCAUGUGACAUCUUGGCUCAGGAGAAGCAACUGCCAAUGCAUGACUUUUUUGUCAGUUUUGUGAGACACACUUUUACUUUCGGGCCAAACUGUAACAAAGACUGUUAAAUCCAAACCAGAACCUCUUUUUCUUAAAGUUUUACCCACCACAAUCAGUAGUCUGUAUUCAAUGUCAUUAGUCACGGGAAAUCUCAGCAUUGACAAGGUGACGCUGGUAGUUAACAUUUUGGUUAAAGAGGUCAUCUUAACCCUUUUUUAACAAUGAGAUACUUUUCCCAAGAUUGUUGCACUGUUACAUUUGAGUAUAAGUAGAGAAGUAUUUGCAUGCUAGAUUUUCACAGAGAUUAAUUAUAUAUUUUUUUUGUCAUGAACAAGUACAUAGUGAAUGUAUAAAAGGGUGAGAACCAAUCUAGCUAAAGUUCGUUCCACAGAAGUUGUAUUUCGGGGGGGUAGCUAAAAAUUACUAUUCAAAUUUCUGGUUGUUCAUCCAAGAAUCAUGUAGCAUAAAAGAACUGUUUAAAAUAGACAAGAAUGCAACAUUCAAGGAAGCCACAGAAACAGAUCGUCAUUUCAAAUGGUGUAAAACAACAGAAUGACCCAAAUUUGCCAAGAUCUGACUCAAUUUUUGUAUGAUAUACAAGGCCAGCACUACUCCUAAACUAGUGGCUAAAUACAACAAAUUUGGUCUACAACGCGAUGGAAUUCUUCAGGUCUAGAACGUUUCACGGCUGUAAAGCCCAGGGAGUUGAGGUCAUGCACUUUUUGACCAGCGUUUGACCGUAAUCUUUGAUCGUACACCUUUUUCUCAUUUCUACGCCAGGCAUCACACCACAAACUGCUCAUACACAUGUUUUGAAUGUUUUAUUAUAUAAAUAGUGUGCUUGUAAGUUAACUGUACCUGUAACGUUGCCCAUUUGGCAUCUAUUUACGAAGCCGUGUAGACUAACAUACCAGUAUGUAUGAGUAACUAUUGAUGUUUACUGUUUGUAAUAAAUAUCCACUGAGCAUCAAUAAAGUUUUAAAAAAACUAA